CUUGGGGGUCGUGGUGUUGCAUGCGGACUUCAGUUCUGCUUAUGCAAGAGAAAGAGAGCUGUUACACAAGCAGGUUUCUCUUCUUCAGAUACAACAACAGAAUAAUAAUAAACACUAUUAAUACUUCUACAUUGAGUUGUGACAAUACUUGUCAAGGUCUCUGACAGAGUAAGACUUCUAUGCUUCUGCGAGACUGGUUGAACAUCUCCAGACAGAUCACAACCAGCGGCAUGUUUGCAAUACGGAGAAGCUUCAGUCUUCUGUGCAGAGGAUCAGCUGCUUCAACAUGGAGAAAUAAAAGUCAAAGUGCUGCGAAGAGGCUGGAUAUAAGGGGGAUUUAUCCUCCCAUUGCCACUCCAUUCACUCAGAGUGAAGAUGUGGAUUACCAAAGACUUGAUGACAAUCUUAAGAAGUACGGCAACUUACCUUUCAGAGGUCUGGUAGUGCAGGGCUCUAAUGGGGAAUAUCCAUACCUGACACCGGAGGAGAGGGUUGAGGUGGUCAAGAGAGUCAAACAGGCGCUGCCAAAAGACAAGUUACUCAUGGCUGGAUCUGGCUGUGAAUCCACCAGAGCCACGAUCCAAAUGAGCCAGCAAAUGGCAGAUGCCGGGGCUGACUGUUUGUUAGUGGUGACACCUUGCUUUUACCGCGGUCGAAUGGAUAGCCGAGCUCUUAUAAACCACUACGCUAAGGUGGCAGAUUCCAGUUCAGUGCCAGUUGUGUUGUACAGCGUGCCAGCAAACACGGGUCUCGACCUGCCUGUGGAUGCAAUAAUCCAACUUUCCCAGCAUCCAAAUAUUGUCGGCCUCAAAGACAGUGGUGGAGAUAUCACCAGAAUAGCUCUGAUUGUGCAGAAAACCAGAUCGCAGGGUUUCCAGAUUCUUGCAGGAUCUGCUGGUUUCCUCGUGGCUGCAUAUGCUGUCGAUUUGGAGAAAUGUAGCAUUGCAUCACUU